ACCUCACGACAGCCAUCUUACUGAUGAGGAAGCCAAGGACUGACUAGUGAGGUUAAGCAACAUGACAGUAAGAUUAAAUUAGUAAUCCUAACCUGGAUUCAUAGACUUAGUAGAUCAGGAUUUGAGACCAGCAUUUCAGUGGUUGAUUAAUAGACACUCGCAGGAGCUGCUGUACAUGCUGCCAUCCGUGAAUGCUCAGCACCCUCUGUACAGGAAAUCACAGGGUUGUUGAGCAUCUUGAUAAGCUUUACUCAGUCAUCAGGUUUCACUCCAGCUCCUGCAGGCAUCUCCCCAUCCUCAGCUGUUUGCCAGUCCCAGGAAAGCACUUCUCAACUCACCAACUCCAGUAGAAAGAAGUGUGUUAAGGGGCACCAGUGGAAGUUUUCUGAGCAUGGAUCCAACCACCCCGGCCUGGGGAAACGAAAGUACAACAAUGAAUGGAAAUGACCAAGCCCUUCCUCUGCUUUGUGGCAAGGAGACCCUGAUCCCGGUCUUCCUGAUCCUCUUCAUUGCCCUGGUCGGGCUGGUAGGAAACGGGUUUGUGCUCUGGCUCCUGGGCUUCUGCAUGCGCAGGAACGCCUUCUCUGUCUACGUUCUCAGCCUGGCCGGGGCCGACUUCCUCUUCCUCUGCUUCCAGCUUAUAAAUUGCCUGGUGUACCUCAGUAACUUCUUCUGUUCCAUCUCCAUCGAUUUCCCUAGCUUCUUCACCACUGUGAUGACCUGUGCCUACCUUGCAGGCCUGAGCAUGCUGAGCACCAUCAGCACCGAGCGCUGCCUGUCAGUCCUGUGGCCCAUCUGGUAUCGCUGCCGCCGCCCCAGACACCUGUCAGCGGUCGUGUGUGUCCUGCUCUGGGCCCUGUCCCUACUGCUGAGCAUCUUGGAAGGGAAGUUCUGUGGCUUCUUCUUUAGUGAUGGUGACUCUGGUUGGUGUCAGACAUUUGAUUUCAUCACUGCAGCGUGGCUGAUUUUUUUAUUCAUGGUUCUCUGUGGGUCCAGUCUGGCCCUGCUGGUCAGGAUCCUCUGUGGCUCCCGGGGUCUGCCACUGACCAGGCUGUACCUGACCAUCCUGCUCACAGUGCUGGUCUUCCUCCUCUGCGGCCUGCCCUUUGGCAUUCAGUGGUUCCUAAUAUUAUGGAUCUGGGAGAAUUCUGAUGUCUUAUUUUGUCAUAUUCAUCCAGUUUCAGUUGUCCUGUCAUCUCUUAACAGCAGUGCCAACCCCAUCAUUUACUUCUUCGUGGGCACCUUUAGGAAGCAGUGGCGGCUGCAGCAGCCGAUCCUCAAGCUGGCUCUCCAGAGGGCUCUGCAGGACACUGCUGAGGUGGAUCACAGUGAAGGAUGCUUCCGUCAGGGCACCCCGGAGAUGUCGAGAAGCAGUCUGGUGUAGAGAUGGACAGCCUCUACUUCCAUCAGAUAUAUGUGGCUUUGAGAGGCAACUUUGCCCCUGUCUAUCUGAUUUGCUAAACUUUCUCAGCCCUGAUUUUAAAACAGUUAAGAGAGUCCUUGUGAGGAUUAAGUGAAACAGUGCCUAUGAAACAAACACUAAGUGCAGUGUCUGUAGAAUUGCCUUACAGCCUUCCACCACAGCCCUAUGAGAGCUUUGCCAACUCUGGGGUCCAUGACUGUUCCCACUUUUAAUGAAUCCUACCUUUCGCAGAAGGCCGAAAGCAGGGCAGAAAAAGUCUACAUUUCUUUGGUCACUGCACUUGAUAGGGACUCAAAGAAUAUUAUAUUUUUAAUUAAUUUCUUUUUCUCUUCUGUACAAUUUCUGUCUCAACAAAAUUAGAAGAAUUAAAUUUAAAUCUAGCUCCAAAAGAGCAGUUGUCUUUCAUUUUGGCAGACCUUAGAAUAUCCCCCUAGCUUAAUAAAUCUUUGUUGAAUGGCUUAAUGAAUGAAUAAACUGGUUAAUUUUUAAGUUAAACCUCUGAAAAGUCUCCAUUUACCAGAUUUGAGUCACUAAAUUUAUUGCUUUCACUACUUCUGAAUUUUGCAAACAUGAAAUUAAGUUUUAUAAUUAGAUAAAUCAAUGUCAACACAUAUUUAAAGUUUGAGGUACACUGUCUUCCUGCGGUUUCCUUUCACAUGCCAUCCCUUAAAAUCCCAGCUACACGCCUUCCCAUUCCUUCCCCUUUGCCUUUGCUCUAAUCUUCCCUCUCUGGGGGCUCUCUAAUUCAUUCUGGAAGUUUCCAAUGGUCUUAUAGACUCCAUGUUCUUGGAGGACAGGCUCUAUGUCAGAUUUACCUUUUAUUCCAAAGAACUCAGAGCAUUUAUUUUGUUAAUUAAAUUGCACAUAUUUUUAAAAGUUACGUGUUCCACAAAAUAAAAUACUAAUUGUAAAUGCUGCAUCUUUUAAUAAUUUUUUUAUUAUUUUUAAUUAAGGUAUAAUUAAGAGAAUGAUAUGCACAGAUCAUAAAUGUACAGCUUAAUGAGUUUUGUUAAAUGAAUACACCUAUGUGACUCAAACUUUAUUCACGACAAAAUAUUUUCAUCAUCUCUAAAAGUUCCCCUGUGCUCCCUCAUUCUUCCUGCCCCAAGAGGCAACCAUUGUUUCUAUUUCAAUCAACAAAUAUUAGCUUUGCCUGACCUUCAACUGUAUCUUUUUAGAAUCAUAAUAUGUGUAUUUUUUGUUUCUAGCUCUUGCACUCAACAUAAUAUUUUGAAAAUUUACCUAUG